AUGGAUGAGGAGCAAUGUGAGAGAGUCCUGCUUAUCAAAUGCCAUGUGCCAACUAGUAAAUGUGGAGCGAAAGCUGUAGCAGGAAAAACCAGCAAGUCCAAGGCUUCUGAGAAGGCCAUCUCCGUGGGUCAGACGGUCAUUACAAAGCAUCGGAAUACACGGUAUUACAGCUGCAGAGUGAUCGCUGUGACAUCGCAAACCUUCUAUGAGGUCAUGUUUGAUGAUGGCUCCUUCAGCAGAGACACAUUUCCGGAGGAUAUUGUGAGCCGAGACUGUGUGAAGCUGGGCCCUCCUGCCGAAGGAGAAGUCGUCCAAGUCAAGUGGCCUGAUGGCAAACUCUAUGGGGCAAAGUACUUUGGAUCAAAUGUUGCCCACAUGUACCAGGUUGAAUUUGAAGAUGGAUCCCAGAUAGCAAUGAAGAGAGAGGACAUCUACACCUUAGAUGAAGAGUUACCCAAGAGAGUGAAAGCUCGUUUUUCCACAGCCUCUGAUAUGCGGUUUGAAGACACAUUUUAUGGCGCCCACAUAAUCCAAGGGGAGCGGAAGAGACAAAGAGUGCUGAGCUCCAGGUUUAAGAAUGAAUAUGUGGAUGACCCUGUGUACCGCACUUUUUUGAAGAGCUCUUUCCAGAAGAAGUGUCAGAAGAGACAGUAGUCUCCAUACACCACUGCAGGCCACAGAGCAGCUUGGGCCAGAAGAGGGAAGAUGAAGGGACAGCUCUCGGGCUCUGCCAUGUGUUUCGCUGGGGUACGUCACAGGGUGUGUCUCUGACAGCGGUAAAUCAGGCUUCCAGAGUGUGGCCACCAAAAAUACAAAACACACAUGUUAUUAAUUGAACACAGCAAACUGAAGUCAUCCUCUAGUCUUGCUUCACUUGUGAGCAAUUGUCUUCUGUGAUCCCAAAGACUUUUUCUAAGGAAAAGGAAAUAAUAGUGAAUCACACACUAGAAAAAGCCACUGCCAGAGAGGAGGUGGGUCCCCACGUAUGGCUUCGGCCCUUUGUCAGGAAACACAUGGAGACUUCUCCCCCAGCUUCAGCAGGCGACAGCCUCCUUACCAGGUGGGAGGGUGAUAAUUUAUGUAUUUUCCACAGUCAGGGAAGGACUCUCACUUAUUUGUUUUAAAUGGCAGUUUUUAUAAAACAUUUCUAAAACACAAAUGGCAUGUAUGGUAAUGAGAUUUACCCCGUGUGUUAUCUGUAUUUCCCGUACAGAACUUUUACAUUUUUUUAUAUUCCUAUUACUUUUGAUUGUGUCUGAUGAGAACUGAGUUGUUGGCCUUUGUGAAAUGAAAUUUUUGGCUCUUGAAGAAUUCUUACGAAUUGUACGUUAAUUUUAUAUAUUUAAAGAGGGAGAUCUGGGGCUGUUAUUUUUAAAUACUUCUUUUUCAUAAUACUCUGAGUAGAUAUUUAUAAAAAUAUGUUUCUUUCAUUAUGUGUUUGUAAAAUUAGAGUUUAAAUAAAUAUGCUUUGAUGCAUAGUUUUGAACUAAUGUAACAUGAUUUUUCUUUUUUAAAACAGCCUGAAAAUGUACUAGUGUUUGAAAAUAAAGAUUUCCAUUUUCUCCGA